CCAGCCCUCAGUCUGGAAGGUGGAAGCAAGCAGGAGUGUCAACUUCUCAGGCGGAGUCGUGGCGUGCGCCCGCCAGGCAAACAUCGCAUUGGCUGGGGCAGCUGGCGAGGAGGAGAGGAGGAGAGUCGGCAGGGGUAGGAGCGAGGAAAGGCUCGAGAGAGAGAGAAAGGCGGCUUCUGUCGCAGCCAGAAGCAGGGAAAAGGCAUCCGGGGUCGCGAGGCCGCCCCGAAGGCUCUGAGGUGUCACUCGGCGAGGGUCCCUCGUGCCCCCCAGGUGGUCCUGCCGCGCAGGUGCUCUGAGCCUUGCUGAGACAUUAUGUCCUAUCCCAGUGCUCCUCCGGGUUAUGACGACAGGAACCCCCUCCAUCCACCACCACCCCAUGGGGGAUAUUCUGGGGGAUAUCCUGCUGGACAUCCUGGGGCUUACCCACAGCCUCCGCCAUAUAGUGGCGGGUAUCCACAACCAGGAGGCUAUCCACAGCCAGGAGGCUAUCCACAGCCAGGAGGCUAUCCACAGCCAGGAGGCUAUCCUCAACCGGUUCCUCCUAUGCCAACACUUCCAAUGAACUUUGGUGACAGCUAUGGCAGUAGUGGUACAGAAGGGAAUGGGGGCUUCAGUUCUGCAGACUGGGAUGACAAGAAAGUUCGACAUAGUUUCAUCCGCAAGGUUUACAGCAUCAUCUCAGUGCAGCUGCUUGUGACAGUGGGCAUCAUUGCAGUUUUUACCUUUGUGGUCCCUGUACGCACUUUUGUGCAAAGGAAUGUUGCUGUGUAUUAUGUGUCAUAUGCUGUAUUCCUGGUCACUUAUCUGGUGUUGGUGUGCUGUGAAGGCCCACGGAGACGCUUUCCAUGGAACAUCAUCCUUCUGUCUGUCUUUACUUUGGCCAUGGGGUUCAUGACAGGCACCAUUGCUAGUACGUAUAAUACAAAAGCUGUUUUCCUUGCCAUGAUAAUCACAGCCAUCGUGGCCAUAAUAGUCACCAUCUUCUGCUUCCAGACAAAGGUGGAUUUUACAUCCUGUGCUGGCUUGUUCUGUGUGUUGGGCAUCGUUGUCAUGGUGACUGGGAUUAUCACAGCAAUUGUCCUAUCCUUCAAAUAUGUUUACUGGCUCCACAUGUUGUAUGCAGCUAUCGGUGCAAUAGUUUUCACCCUGUUUCUUGCAUAUGAUACGCAGUUGGUGUUGGGGAACAGAAAACACACGAUCAGCCCUGAGGAAUAUGUCUACGGAGCCCUCAAGAUAUACACAGAUAUAAUCUACAUCUUUACUUUCCUUUUGCAGAUUAUAGGCAGCAGAGAUUAGGAUGCCAAAACUGUCCCCAAAGAUUCAGAGGAACAUUUUUCUUUCUGAAGUUAAUAUUCUGCUACUGUGCUCUUACCUCCAGUACAUGUAUAGAAGCUACUAGUGGAUUCAUAUAGCGGAUAGCUGUAAGUGGGAGGCUGCAGAUUCUGUACAGUGCGGACGUUGACCAUAAUCCAUAAAAUGCCUGCAUUCUUUGUUUCCAUACGCCAGACCUAGGCUGCAUUUAGUGCCCUGUAUACAUGAAUGCAGCGUGUACAUGUUACCACCUUGGUAUGAUGUAUCAUAGUCCCUUCAACAUAUCUUGUAUUUUUGUCAGCAUACUUAGCCAAUAUGUAGGCAGUUCUUUCAACUAGAAGCCCCCUAACUCCUGGGAUCCACAUCAUGUGUGCAAAUAAAAUUUAUAUUUUUGAAUAAAGUGAUCUUCCAGGUUUGUGUGAUAGAGUGACCAGGAACUGCUUUAGUUUGUUCUAGUAUGACACUAGGAGUACGCUCCACUGACUGCAUGUGAGCAGGAUUCUGAGUAGGCCUUCUAGGAUUAUUUAUUUAAUUUAUAGCCCACUCUCCCGAAG